CGCACUUCCGGCGCCGCGGCGGAAGCGGCGGGGCCGCCUAAGAUGGCGGCGGCGUGAGUUGCAUGUUGUGGGGCCGCCGGGAGGAGCCGCCGCCGCCCGCGCCCGUCCCGCCAUGGCGGUCACCGUCACGCUCAAGACGCUGCAGCAGCAAACCUUCAAGAUCCGCAUGGAGCCGCACGAGACGGUGCGGGCCCUGAAGGAGAAGAUCGAGGCCGAGAAGGGCAGCGAGGCGUUCCCCGUGGCCGGCCAGAAGCUGAUCUACGCCGGCAAGAUCCUGAGCGACGACGUGCCCAUCCGCGAGUACCGCAUCGACGAGAAGAACUUCGUGGUGGUCAUGGUCACCAAGGUGGGCUGGGGGCUGGGGGGCCCUCAGGGGGCUGGGGGAGGGAGCUGGGGGUCCCUCUGCAAAGUGCGGGCCCUGAAGGAGAAGAUCGAGGCCGAGAAGGGCAGCGAGGCGUUCCCCGUGGCCGGCCAGAAGCUGAUCUACGCCGGCAAGAUCCUGAGCGACGACGUGCCCAUCCGCGAGUACCGCAUCGACGAGAAGAACUUCGUGGUGGUCAUGGUCACCAAGCCAGGGUGGGUGUGGUUUAUUCACACCCCCCGGUGGGCGUGGCCUCACCUGCCGGCCCCGCCCCCAGGCGAGAACCCGCUGGAGUUCCUGCGGGAGCAGCCGCAGUUCCAGAACAUGCGCCAGGUGAUCCAGCAGAACCCGGCGCUGCUCCCGGCGCUGCUGCAGCAGCUGGGCCAGGAGAACCCCCAGCUGCUCCAGCAAAUCAGCCAGCACCAGGAGCAGUUCAUCCAGAUGCUGAACGAGCCGCUGGGCGAGCUGGGCGAGCUGGAGGGCGAGGUGGGGGCCAUGGGCGACGAGGCCCCCCAGAUGAACUACAUCCAGGUGACCCCGCAGGAGAAGGAAGCCAUAGAGAGGCUGAAGGCGCUGGGCUUUCCCGAGAGCCUGGUGAUCCAGGCCUACUUCGCCUGCGAGAAGAACGAGAACCUGGCGGCCAACUUCCUGCUCAGCCAGAACUUCGACGACGACUGAGGGACCCCCGGCCCUCCCCCCGCCCUGGGGGGCUCCUCUGCCUCGGGGGGGCCCCCGCGCCGCGUGGGGGGGGUUGGGAACGCUCCAGCCUGGGGGGGGGAUGGGGACCCCCAGCCCUGCCCCCACCCCGGGAGCAGGGGGAGCCCCUCCCUGCCCUUGGGGGGGGUCUCAGCCCCCCAGCUUUCUCCUGGCCCCCCUCCCC